AUGUCACAAAUCGAUUUUCUCGUCAACACAUGCAAACAACUAACAAGUACAGUUGCACUUAUGCGUAAUGAGAUCGAUACGUUAAAAGUGAAUCAAGAAGUUCUCUGUUCCCGGAAUGAUCUUUUACUUAGUGAACUAAUGAAAACGAAACAAACAUCUCCUAUACCAACAACUAUUGACGAACAAGAAUCGAUACGAACUGAUGAUAGUGAUGACGAUCAGGACUUCCCCAGUGUUAUUCUUCGCUGUAAUGGAACAUUCACGGGACAUAAUGAUACUGUUUGGUGUUUAUAUGCAUUACAUGACGUACUUCUCAGUGGUUCGUCAGAUAAAACAGUUAAAGUUUGGAAUUUAUGUGGAACUCCAUUUACGAAUUUAGCUACGUUGCAUGGGCAUCAUGACGCGGUUUUAUCGUUGACUGUGAAAGAACGAACUGUGUUUAGUGGUGGUGGGGAUAACUCGAUAUUUGUUUGGAAUUUAGACGAUUAUAAUCAAACGACAUCUUUUGUUGCUCACACAGAUCCUGUUUGUUCAUUAGCACAAUACGAUAAUCAUUUGUACAGUUCAUCAAAUAGAUGCUUGAAAGUUUGGGAUAUUGAAACGUUACAAUUGUUCAAUGAAAUUGCCACAGAUACUCGCAAUGGUUGGCUAAGAGUUCUCAUGCAAAAAGAUAAAUGCAUCUAUGCUGGAUGUCGACGUGGAAUCAAAGUUUUUGAUGCAACUACGCAUCAAAUCUCGUUCGAGUUUGAAUUACCCACCAGUGAUUCAAUUUAUAGCUUGGCACAUUCGGAUACAUUGCUAUUUUCUGGUGCUUCUUCGGGAAAAAUAUAUGUUUGGGAUAUUCGAGCGAACCGUUGCUUAGAUACAACUUGUCAGCACGAUGCAACCGUCCACGGUCUGUGUAUGCUAAGUGCUGAUAAAUUUAAUCAAUCAAAUUUGAUAAGUGCCUCGAGUGAUAAGACAAUCCGGGUAUGGAAUGUGGAGCGAUUCGAACAAGUUCAAUAUGAUGAUCGACAUGAAGCAGAAGUGACUGCGUUACAUGCCAAUGCUCGGCAUAUCAUGUCUGGUGCUACUGAUGCAAAAAUAAAAGUUUGGGAUUGUACGACUUCAUCUCAUAUCUCGAAACGUUGGGUUAAUUUUGUACUCUCUCGUUCAAAAACAACUCCAUCACUUAUUCCUAAAGCAGCUGAAGAUCUUAAAGAAGCAGCCAAAGAACAUGUUCGAGAACUACGUCGAGAAUUUGAUAAACCAGUAAAAUUUUCCACUAGUCGAGCAAAAUAUUGGGACACAGCAGACUCAAUCGUCUUUAAUCGUCAUAUUGGAAAAUUCACACGACCCGUUCUAAUUGUGACUAUUUUGAUCAAUAUGUAUUAUUGGGGUUAUUAUCGAGAAGAAAAUGAUAUUGAUGAUAUGUUAAGUAUGGAACCAUGGCAGAUAUUUCCUCGGUUAAACUUAGAAUAUCUGAAGACAGCUGAAAGACAGUACCGGGAAGCCGGUCUGGACACGAGCCAAAUCGAAGUCAAGAAGAAAAUGAUUCAAGACAUAUUUCAGCCGCAAUUAAACAAUGAAGUUCGUCUAAAAUCUAAAUAA